AUGGCGGCGUCCAAUCCCAACAAGCCCGACCUGGGCGACAUUUUGAUGGUGAUUCAUGAUUUCCAGGCCCGCAGUUCCGACGAGUUGACCCUCACGAAAGGCGACCGCGUGGAGCUGCUCGAGCGUGAUGAUGAAUUCGGCGACGGAUGGUACCUGGGGAAACACACGAGCAACGGAAACAGCGGGUUGUUCCCAGAAGUCUAUACACGACCCAUACCGAAGAACAGUGCCGCUCCCCAUGUCCUCUUGCCGACGAAACUGCCUGUCGCACCCCUCGCAGAGACCACCAACCAGCAGACCCCGCGCGGCCCGAGCCCCGAUGCGGACCACGAGAGCAAUUCGACCCAGGCGCGCGAGUCUCAACCCGUCCCGAUCGCCACGCUGUCCCUCGACUCGUCGACAAUAUCCAGCUCCAGUUCUCCCCCAUACUCUUCUAGCCUCCCGCAGCCUUCCAGCCUUCCACCAUCCUCUAGCAGCGUCCCUGCGACGGCCGGCUCUGGCCUGGGCAACACCACCCGCCCAGGCACCAGCGGGGACAGCCAUGUCCUACACGAGACGCUGAACGUCAUCGACGAGCACAUUACGGACUUCAACUCGCCACAGCCCAAUGCGUCGUCGGGGCGGAAUGGGAACGACUCGGGCAGCGAGUACAGCUCGCACAUGGGCAACCGCAUAUCGUACAUCCAGGGCGAGGAGACGGACGAGGAGGAGGAGGGUGCGCACACCCGCGCCGAGGUCGAGUCGUGGAAUGCGGACCAGGUCGCCGAGUAUCUGUUCACGGCGGGCGUGGAGAAGCACCACUGCGAAGUGUUCCGGGACCAGGAGAUUACGGGCGAGGUAAUCCUCGGAAUGGAUCAGACCUCGGUGUUCAUCAAGGCACUCGACCUGGGGUCCGUCGGACGGCGGCUGAAGACCUGGCAGAAAAUUAAGCAGCUGCAAGACGAAGUCAACGGAACCGGAUUUGGCGGGCUCAGCACGGGCAGGAACACGCAAAACUACGGUAGCGACGCAGGCUCGGAUGCGGGGAGGGUUCGCAGCCGAACGAACACGAUUACCAGCUCGAACCGGUUUACACCCAUCCACGAAACGAUCGGGUCGACGAAACGCGGGUCGCAAAGCAACAGCCACCACAGCCAGCCGAGCCACCAGCAAAACCAGCACAAUCCGCACAUCCACGGUAACACCACGCCCAAGAUGGAACCCUACGAACCGGGGUCGCCCGCCUCGCCGCAGAUUGACCUGGGCCGCGCGUUCCACGAAAAGUACCACGAAAAGCGCCCGUCGGCUGCGUCCGUACGGGAUUUGCACCAUUCGCGCCGCCACUCGUCGACCGAUUUCCGCGGUCAGGGCUCGCCCCUCAGUUCGUCCGCCGCCGUGGCGCCGCCCAAACCGUCAGCGAGCAGCACGGGGCUGCUGCGACAAGACGGCGCGCCGCAUAAGAAGCAACCGUCGUUCGACCGCAAUUGGACUCUGGGCGCGGCAGCGGGCACGUCACCACGUCCCCUGUCGUCUGCGGGGCACCAGGACGACGAAACGGCGGAAAUGGAACUGACCGGGGGUGUUUUAAGUGGGAACAGCAGCGAACUGCAGGACUCGGCGGUUGACAUGGACCGUGGCUAUUUCUCAGGUCCCGACGUCGAGGGCCGACGCCGCAACCUGCUUAAGAAGCGCGAAAGCGGCCUGUCGUCGUCGUCAUCACCCAAGGCUAGCUAUACCGAGGAGCAGCGGAUGCGCAGCGCGACGGGUAUGUCGAGGCAUUCGCGGCUCGGCAGCACCGAGUCGAUGCGCGAGUCGGCGAUGCUGUCGCCCGCGGCGCAGAAGUACUAUGGUGUGCCAGCGUCCAAGUCGAAACGCACGUCGUCGAUGGCGACCACCGACUCGUUGCGCCAUAUGACAGGGUCCAAGGAGAACGUUAACCCGACCGUUACGCGCCUCGACAGCAACUCGUCUGACCAUUCGCAGUCGCAAUCGCAGUCGCAGGCACGCUCGUCGCCCAAGUCGGCUAUCAAGCGGCUCAGCCAGGUGCACCACCCAGACUUUAAUGUUAGCAUGAUGCUGCGCAGCGGCCUAGGCGGUUUGCGCGCAGCGUCGGACGCGAUCACGGGUGGGGAGAAGGCCAAGUUGUCGCCUAUUGAAUCACCCGUCGCCCGCGAGUCGCCGACUACUACGUUGUACUCGCCUGCUCGCACAGGGUCUAGCACGCCCUCCAAGGGCGCGAGCUUCGAUCUCGAAUCGCCCGACGCUACCAAGAGCCCGAGCACGGCCACAACGGCAACUGGGGCAACAGCGACGACCUCGACAAGCCGCACCAACCGCAAGAAGACUAAACAAGAGACGAGCGCGUACACGCGCGGCCUGCAGGCGAUCAGCCCGCGUGAGGCGAUGAAGGACGCCGACUACAGCGGGUGGAUGAAGAAGCGCAACGCCAACCUCAUGACAACGUGGAAGCCGCGGCUGUUUGUACUCAAGGGCCGACGGCUGGCGUACUACUACUCGGAGGACGACGACCAAGAACGCGGGCUGAUCGACAUCUCAUUCCACCGCGUGCUCCCCGCCGACAACGAGCGGCUGACAGGCCUCCAUGCUACGCUCACGGGGGUCUCCAGCUCGCCUGCCAUGCCGGCCGGCAGCCACAUGACGACGCUCGCGGAAGCCGACGCCGGGCGGGAUCCCACUGCCGGCCUUGGUGGGAAGGAUUCAGAUAACAACAUCUUCAUCUUUAAGCUGGUCCCGCCGCGCGCGGGCCUAUCGCGGGCCGUCAACUUUACCAAACCCACGGUACACUACUUUGCCGUGCCGAACCUCACGCAGGGCCGCCUGUGGAUGGCUGCGCUGAUGAAAGCCACCAUCGACCGCGACGACUCCCAGCCGAUCACGAGUACCUACCAGCAAGAGACCAUCUCGCUGGCCAAGGCGCGGAAGAUGCGGCAUCGGCCACCGGCGCUGAUGGGGUUGGAGGAGAAUGCGGGGGAUAAGAAGGGGGCGAAUGGGAAAGGGGGUGAUGAUGAGGAGGUGGAUGAUCAUGGGUUGGGGAUUUAUAGUGGUGGUGAUUUGGAAAAGUUUGGGCUGCAGCCGCAUCCGGAGAGUGCGAGGGGAGGGGGGACUGAGACAGAGAAGAAUGCGUCGGUGCUGCCGCAGAGCGCUUAG